GCUCCUCCAUCAUCUCUCUACCUGCUGAGGCGCGCCCCCGACGCCAGUAGAGGAACGCGCGUUGAACGAGCAUCCGUGUGGGUUCUCAGAUCGUCUUUUGUCGCCAAGAUGGGAACCGUACUCUCUUUAUCCCCGACCUCCAAAAAAGGGGCCAUCAUGGACUCCGGCACCGCGGCGGCGCUCCACCACAAGGGCGACAAGAGCAUCAAGCGGCCGUCCGUUUUCGUCUCCACGUUAACGUGGAAGAAGCUGGUGCCCAAUUCGGCCAAGAAGAAAAGUGCCAAGAAGGUCAGCCCGAACCCACCCCCUCCUCCCAGCGAGCCGGAGGUCUCCCAGCUCAACCACGAGAAUCACAAGAAGUCCCAUGUGCCCAAAGCCCCCAUCCCCGUCCCUGUCCCCACGGUGCCCCCCACCUCCCAGGUCAUCCAGUCCCAGACCAACGGGGACGUGAAGAAGCAGCCGAGCAGCGUGUCCCUGCUGUCCCCCAGACGCGUGGUCAUCCAGGCGUCCACCGGGGAGCUGCUGCGCUGCCUGGGGACCUUCAUGUGCCGCCGGUGCUGCAGGCUGAAGGAGCUGACAAGCGGGGAGGUCAUCCUCUGGUUCAGGAACAUCGAUCGCACUCUGCUCAUGCAGGGCUGGCAGGACCAGGGCUUCAUCACGCCAGCCAACCUGGUGUUCGUGUACCUGCUGUGCCAGGACAGCGUCACGGAGGACGUCGAAAGCUCCUACGAGCUGCAGGGCGUCUUUUUGACUUGUCUGUACCUCGCCUAUUCCUACAUGGGCAACGAGAUCUCCUAUCCGCUCAAGCCCUUCAUGAUCGACGCGAACAAGGACGUUUUCUGGGAGAAGUCCCUCAGCAUCAUUAACAGGAUGAGUGACAAGAUGCUGCUGUUGAAUUCCGACCCGCACUUUUUCACCGAGGUAUUUCAGGAGCUAAAAGACCAGCGGCCGGAUGGAGAGGCCAACCUGGACCGCUGA